AUGGAUGGAAGUAAAGGGAACAAAGAACUCCGCUGCAAUAAUUGGCUAACACUUCUGGGCAGUUACGGAAAUCAAAUAAAACAGAAAUUAGAGGAAGUCACACAAGAAAAGAGUUUGGAGGAUGAUAUUUCAUCUGUCUGGUGCUGCUUAUCUAACAUAUAUAAUUCAAAUACCGAUAAACACGGACCCUGUGAUCUCUUAUAUUAUGUAGUGGGGAGCAUAGUGCACAAGAAGUUGGUUGAUAAGACUUUAUUUGAUAGAAUUAUGGAAAAAAUAUACGAAAUAUUGAAACUGCAACUAAAGACAAGUCAAUGCAACCUACGGAACAAGGAAAGUGGGAAGAAGUUGUUCGACUUAAUGGAGAAAUGGUCCAGUUAUAAUUUGGACCCCACAGAACUGUGGGAGGACAGGGGGAAUUCCAGGAAAGUUAGCUGUAAGAAAUGUGCUAAUUAUUUAGAAAAGGUUGCCGAAGCAUGUAAAGAGGUAAUAAAACAAUGUAGGAAAUCGCCAAGUAGUGAGGGGUGUGGAGGAAUUACGGACAAAGAUAAUCAAGGCAGCCCUGAGUAUUUAUUACAGUUGAUAGAACCCAUAAUUUCAAAACCGCAAGCAACAGCAAUGGCAGAAGCAGGAAGAGUACAACCAGUGUUGCAGCAGCAAGGAUGUUUGGAUCAAUUACCAUCAGUUGAACAUUUUUACAGUAAAUUCGGAAAAACCGCGUACCCUUGUAAUGACACAUCCUUUAAGGGAAUAAUGGAAAGCGCACUAACAAGUUACUCUGAUCUUAGCGGCUAUGCAGAUUACAUCGUAGGACCCUGGUGUUAUGUACACAACGGAAUGGAAAGGACGAACCCACUAUAUGGUGCUCGCUGUAAUCUCCUAUAUUAUUUGAUAGGAUAUCUAUUACUUGACAACCUGUCCGAGGAUGAGUUCUCAAACCGUAUGAAUACAAUUUACAAUACACUACAGAACUUCCGUGUUCAAAAUCAGUGUGAACAUAUAAGAACGGAGAAUAUUGACAAAAAACUUCUAAAACAAAUGAGGGCAGUGCACACUUAUUACCAGGACUAUAGUACUAUAGAACAGCGCUUAAACACUAGUGACAAAUCGUGCAAUGAGGCAUACUACACGCACUUGCGAGGUGUGCCAGCAGCCUACACAACUGUACGUGAGUGGUGUAGGAGGAAACCUAAUGAAAAGUACUGCCAAAAUUUUGAACAGAAAUAUGAGAAAUAUGGUGGCUCAGUAUUGUCAAAUUUGAUGUGUUCCUUGAAUCAUACACCAGAUUGUCCAUCCAACAACAUUCCAGCUGCUAUAUUCGGCACCAUUGCUACAGUAGGACUUCCUACAAUCACAUUCUUCUUUUUAUAUAAAUAUAUUCUUUUACCUUCCUGGCUCCAUAAUCAUGUUAGAAACAUUUAUUUUCUUCUGCUCGAUAUACUACUUCAACACCAUCCAAUAGAAGAAGAACAAAUAAUAGAAAAGGACAUCAACAACAACAGCAACGACGAAAAGCGAAUAUUAGAUUAUUACAAUGAAUUUAAUGGGCAACUAGAUGUCUGCCAGUAUUUGAGCAAUGAUAAUUUUGAGGACAAAAUAGAUCAGAAGUUACAUGAGAACUUUAAGAAUGGACCAUAUGACAGUAAAAUUGUGCAAGCAUGGUGCUGCGCAUCGAGGAAGAAGGAACAAAAUAAGUCGUCCGACAAUGAUGCACCUUGUCAUUUCUUUUAUUACUGGUUAGGAGAGAAGGUACUUGCCAAACGGGGAAAGAAUCCAUGGGCAGACACCGUAAAGGCCAUUUAUAAUGAACUCAAGGGUCCCCCUGGAAAAGAGACUUGUGGCAUUAUAUACCAGGCUAUUAGGGAAGAAGAGUUCACUAAGAAGAAAGAAGCAUAUGAGUACCUUUGGAACUACGGUACUAUACAAACACAUAUGGAAGGUAAGGAAUCUUGCGAUACGCAAUGUGACGAGUACCUGAAGGAAACCUUUUCAGCUUAUAAAAAAGUGUUUGGUGAGUGUAUAGGAGAAAAUGGUGCUACAGAUCCAUAUUGUACUGAGUUCAAGAGGAAACAUGACGGUCCUCUAGGUGAUUUACCUUCCAAACAAAUAUAUAAAAAAUUCGGUAAAUCCAAUGAGUACUGUGGGUACCAUUCCCAAGCAACCGAAAUAAUGAAGCAGGACAGGCACAUUGAAAAUAAGUUAGGGAUAACUAAGGAUAAUGCUGAGCAAAUUAUGAAAACCUUAUGCUGCGCGAAGGGGGAAAAAGGAAGUAGUUUAUCCGUUGAUGACUACUGCCAUGCAUUAUAUUACUGGAUAGGGAACACAUUCUUCAGUACGCAAAAACAUUUUGCAAAGUUCUCAGAAUGCGUAGGAGUCAUGUACGAACUAUUGAAAGAGCAGGAGGUGGGACAUUUGUGCGCAGAGGUAUAUUACAAAAUAAGUAAGAAACUGUUCCAUCACAGAAAAGCCAUAUUUGACUACUCCCAUGACUACAAAACCCUGAAGGAAGAACUCCUGAGUGGGAGGCUCCUCUCGAACGGGAAAUAUAGGGAACACGUUCAGAAUAUUAUUUUAGCUUACUAUGAAGUGAAUGAAGAUUGCAUGAGUAAAGGUGCAGAGGAUUCAUAUUGUAAAAAAUUUAGGGAAGAGUAUAUGGAAUAUGGUGAAACGAAACUGUCCGAAUUACUGUGUCUUGCAGAAGGUAAACAGAAUUGUGAAGCACCCAUGGAACAUGAACCGGGAGCACGUCAGCCCAAAUCAAGUACUAUACCCUUCCAUGGAAAUAUCACCAAUAAUAUUCCCCAUAGACUCCGUUGCAGUAGGACGAAGCUGAAUUUGGAUAUGUACAAGAACGAUCUGAAGAGUAAAUUGGGUGAACUGCGAGAGGAUGCGAAUUUAGUGGAUGAUAUUUUAUCUUUGUGGUGUUGCUUAUCUGAUACAUAUGAAUGGAAUACAGAUAAGCAUGGACGCUGCGAUCUUCUAUAUUAUGUAGUAGGGAGCAUAAUAUAUAAGAAAUUAGGCAAAGAGGACUCAUUUGAUGGAAUCAUGAGUGCAGUGUAUACAUACUUAGGGUCCAUGCUAAGUGCAGGUAAAUGUAAAGAUGUGCCAAGUACUAAAGGGAAAGAAUUAUUCAAAUUGAUGGGGGAGCAGUCUUUUUAUAAUUUAAGCCCUAAAGAAAUAUGGAAGCAACAGGAGAAUUCUGGAAGAAUAAGUUGUGGCAGGUGUACUAAUUAUUUAGGGAAGCUUGCCGAAGCAUGCAAGAAGGCAGAGGCGCAAUGUAGACAUUCGCCGAACAGUGACGACUGUGACAAAGUUUCAAAGGGAAAUGAUCAAGGUAGCCCUGAGUAUGUGUCCCAGUUGAUAUAUAGCAUAAUUCCUGAACCGCGGACCACAUCUGAACUUGAUGGCAGAUCUGAAUCCCAAACUGGUUCACUACAAUCUGAAGGUGCAAAUAUCCAAGAACAGAUCACCAUCAAUAACACCUCCUACACCUUCCUUGGAAUAGCAACACCCUUAAUCACUUUUUUCUUUUAUAAGUACAUAUCAUUAUUCCCUUUCCGAAGAAGAAAUUCCUCUAAAGGUAGCAGCAGAAGAAGGGGAAGGUUUGUCUCACAUAACUCAGACACAGAAACUGAAAAUUUUACCAAUUACUCUACCGAUUACUCUACAGAGAAUUCAAUAGUAAAUUCCACAUACGAAUCCACGGACGUUUCAACAGUAGAAGAUUCUACAGAAUAUUAUUCUCUUUAUAAUUCGAACCCUAAAAGAACAAGUAAUAAUGGAAGAAGGAACGGGCAACCACAACCCAGAAGGGGAAGGGCACAUAAUGGCAACAGACAAAGAACAAAUAUAGGUUAUCAGAACAUGUAG